AUGAUCAAAGGGAAACGAAAAUUUGGGGAAGCAUUUGGAGAUGGUGAGAAUACUACCACAAAUUACUUCCAUCAACAUUUCGAGCAAACUUUAGAUCCAGUUGUUGCGGAUGGAUUAUUAGCAUCAACCAAUGAAUCGAAGCGUAUUGUUCUGGAAGAUCUUGGGAUAGGUUUAUUCCAACAGCGUUAUUUUAAACUCGAUGAUACUACUCUAAAACAGGAAGAAAUUAGAAAUUUUGGUCUAAAUUCAAGAUUAGUGAAGAAUUUUGAAAUUUUUAAUGGAAAUCCACUAAGCAAAGCACAGCUAUCAUUAUAUUCCAUUAUCGGCAGAUACAUCGAUCUGUGUGCAGCAGGAUUAAAAAUCGAUUGCACACCAUUGUAUUGUUUGCAUGCUAUCAAUCAUGUUACGCAAACACGAAAUAUCGUAAUAAAAAAUAAGCAAUUUUUGCAAGAACGUCGCGAAAAGGGAACACUAACCGAUGAUGAUAUCGAAAAUGCACGUGAUCAAGGAUUAUCUCGACCAAAAGUGCUAAUUAUUUGCCCAAUGAAAAAGGAUGUCUUUCCAAUUAUUGAAAAUUUUCGAUUGCUAAUUUUUGGUGAUUCAGAUAAGCCGUUUAUUUCGAAUUAUCGGCGAUUCAGAACGGAGUAUGGCGAUACGGGUUUCAAAAUAUCAGAAAAAAGAAAGGUUUCUGUUGAUUACCGGGAACUUAUGAGCGGAAAUAUUGAUGAUUGCUUCCGGAUUGGUGUUGCAAUUGCCAAAAAAAGUUUAAAACUUUAUACAGCAUUUGAUGAAUCGGAUAUUUUAAUUGCUUCACCACUAGGUUUACGGAUGAUUGUAGGUGAAGGUAGUGAGGAACGUGAAACGGACUUUUUGGCUUCCAUAGAAGUGUUAAUCAUUGAUAAGGCUGACAUAUUGCUAAUGCAAAAUUGGGAACAUUUGUUAAAUAUUAUGAGUAGUUUACAUAUACAACCCAAGAAACUCACAGUUGAUAUAUCACGAGUUCGGCGUUGGAGCCUUGAACAAUAUUCCAAAUUUUACAGGCAAACAGUGCUAAUAUCAGAAGAACGUCGUGCGGAAUGUGACGCACUAUUUGCUGUUUAUUGUAAGAAUUUUGCUGGAUUUGUCAAGCUACUGACACGAAGUGAAGGAUUGCUAAAUAAUAUAGAGAUUCCAUACUGCCAGGAGUUGCAGCGAAUCGAUGUUGACGUAGCAGAGAAUCAGUCUGAUAUCCGAUUUAAUUUUUUCAAGGAAAAGAUUCUGCCGAAGUGUGAAUUGGGUACAGUUAUUUUUAUCCCAUCUUAUUUUGACUUCGUAAGAAUUCGGAACUAUCUAAAGAAUGAAAAUGAAAGCUUCGUCCAACUUCAUGAGUACGCAAAGGAGGGAAAGGUAGCAAAAGCGCGGGCAUUAUUCUAUAAGAAGGAAAAGAAAUUUAUGCUUAUAACAGAACGAUUUCAUUUCUAUCGACGUUAUAAUAUUAAGGGUAUCGGAUCACUCACUUUUUAUCAACCUCCUGCACAACCCAAAUUUUAUCACGAAAUGAUUAAUCAGGUGGAUUGUAAUUAUGCUCAUGUUCGUAUGCUAUACACGAAAUUUGAUUUCCUUCGUAUGGCUCACAUAUUUGGUGAUGUUUGCACACGACAGAUAAUGUUUUCCACUAAAACAUCGCAUGCUUUGGUAAGCCGGUGA